UCCAUUGCUUUUUCAAUGGAGCAACAUCAACAGCAGAACAAACGUAAACAGCAGGAUGACGUGGUAACAACGACGACAACCCAGAAGAAAAAAAGAAAAAAAGUAGCUGUGUUUGGUAACUACAGAAACUACUAUGGCUAUAGAAUAGGUCAGGAUUCGGAGGAAGAUCCAAGGUUAAAAGCAAUGAAGAAGGAAUGGUUUGAAGGCAAGGAUUGUCUUGACAUUGGCUGCAACAGUGGAGUAAUAACAAUCGCCAUUGCGCAAAAGUUUAGUUGCCGAAGCAUCCUUGGAAUUGAUAUUGAUGAUGCAAGAAUUCAGGAUGCCUAUUGGACUCUCAGGAAAACAGUGAAGAGUACUAAAGGAGUGCCUGCAGGGAUUGCCAAAUUGGAAGAAUCUAAGAAUUUAAAUGGUAUUAAAAACCAUGUGGCAGAAUCGCCUAAGAAAAGGGCAAGGACCGAUUGUACAGAAUGUCAUCAUUUACAAGAGGCAGACUUGUUUGACAUAGUCUCUUUCAAGAAGGGGAAUUUUGUUCAGAAUUGGCAUCCAGGGGAAAAUACAUCUUAUGAUACAAUUACUUGUUUAAUCGUGUCAAAGUGGGUGCAUUUAAACUGGGGUGAUGAGGGACUAAUAACUUUAUUUUCGAAAGUCUGGAGGCUUCUUUCACCGGGUGGUGUCUUUAUUUUGGAGCCUCAGCCUUGGAGUUCAUACUACAAUAAUCGUCUUGUAUCUGAGACAUCAAAAGUUAAUUAUCAAGAGAUUAAGAUCCGUCCAGAAGAUUUUCAAGAUAUACUUUUGGACAAGAUUGGAUUUAGAAUGGUAAAGGACAUAACAUCUAGUGUGUGUGGUCGCAAAGCUGGUUUUAACAGACCAAUUUUUGCAUUCUGGAAGUGAUGCAUUAAGGUUAUG